UGUUCUUUAGAGAUAAUUCUUACCUUAUCACAUUUACUAUUUAUAAACUUAUCAUCUAUUCAUAAUGACUGAAAUUGAAUAUAAAUUCCAUACUUCAAGAAAAGCAGCUAUUAUUACUGCUCCAUUCUCAGGAGGUCAACCUAAAGGUGGGGUUGAAUUAGGUCCUGAAUAUAUUUUAAAUGCUGGAUUUGAAAAACAAAUUAGUUCAUUAGGUUGGGAAACUGAAGUUAAACAUCCAUUACAACAUACCACAUUUGAAUCAAUGAAAUCAAAUGAAAAGGAUAAAUAUGGGGUUAAAAAUUCAAAAAUUGUCAGUGAAUGUUGUAAAAUCAUUCAUGAUACUGUUAAAGAAAGUUUAUCCAAUGAACAAUUACCAAUCACUAUUGGAGGAGAUCAUUCUAUUGGUACUGCCACGGUUAGUGCUGCUUUAGAACAUAAUGAAGAUACUUGUGUAUUAUGGAUUGAUGCUCAUGCUGAUAUAAAUACUCCUUUAACUACGGAAUCAGGUAAUUUACAUGGAUGUCCAAUUUCAUUUAUAUUAGGUAUUGAUAAACAUAGUUAUCCACCUGAUUUUGAUUGGGUACCAUCUAAAUUAAAACCAAAUAAAUUAGUUUUCAUUGGAUUAAGAGAUGUUGAUGAAGGUGAAAAGAAAAUUUUACGUGAACAUAAUGUUCCAGCAUUUUCAAUGUAUCAUAUUGAUAAAUAUGGAAUUGGGAAAGUUAUUGAAAUGGCAUUAGAUAAAGUUAAUCCUGAUAGAAAAUUCCCAAUUCAUUUAUCUUAUGAUGUUGAUGCUAUAGAUCCAUCUUUUGUUCCUGCUACCGGUACAAGAGUUGAAGGUGGAUUAUCAUUAAGAGAAGGAUUAUUUAUUGCUGAAGAAGUAGCCCAAACUGGAUUAUUAAGUUCAUUGGAUAUUGUGGAAACCAAUCCAUUAUUGGCUGAAACUGAAGAACAUAUUUUAGAUACUGUAAGUGCUGCUUGUGCAAUUGGUAGAUGUGCAUUAGGUCAAACCUUGUUAUAAGAUUUGGUUUGACUGAUCAAUAUGAUUGAUUUAUAGAAUUAAUUAAAAAUUGUUUUUAAAUAUUAAAACUGUGGUAGUAUAUAAUUUACUAUAUAUAUAAAAUUUUUUGGGGUCAAAUAAAUAAAUAAAUAAGAAAAAUUAUUAUUAUUAUUAUUAUUAUUGUUUAUCAUUCCUGUGUAUGUAGUAUUAUGUGAUAUGGGA